ACCCGCCUCUGCCUCCCAAAGUGCUGGAAUUACAGGCGUGAGCCACUGAGCCUGACUUGUAUAGUUCUUUGAUAGGCAGAGAGAUGGAUGUAACACUGGUCAUGGGCAAAGAUUACCACCAGGGGGCAGACUAGAGCAUCCUUGAGAUUCUGUGAUCAGUCACCCCUCCUCGCUGGUGAAUGGAGACGUGGUCACAACUCUCCCCGGAGAAAGUGGUGUGGUGCCAUCACCGAAGAUGCUGUUGCUUCUGCUGCUUCUGGGGACAGCAGGCUCCGGGCUUGCUGCUGUCGUCUCUCAAUAUCCGAGCAGGUUUAUCUGUAAGAGAGGAACCUCUGUGAAGAUCGAGUGCCGUUGCCUGGACUUUCAGGCCACAACUAUGUUUUGGUAUCGUCAGUUCCAGAAACAGAGCCUCAUACUCAUGGCAACUUCCAAUGGGGGCUCCGAUGUCACAUACGAGCAAGGCGUCAAGCAGGACAAGUUUCCCAUCAACCAUCCAAACCUGACCUUCUCCACUCUGACAGUGACCAAUGCGCAUCCUGAAGACAGCAGCUUCUACAUCUGCAGUGCUAGAGACACAGCACCAGGAAGGGAUCAGAGACCACGGCAAGAACCCCCUGCAGCUGGGCCUCUGCCCCAGCGGGCCCCUGAGUGCUGAGAGCAGAGGCGUGGAGAUGGAAAACCACAGCUUUCCUGACUGAGACAUCUGGGUGUGUAUGUAGGGGGUGUGUGUGUGACAUCUGGGUGCGUGUGUAUAGGGGGUGGGGUGGGGUGGGGGGAGAGAAAGAAAAGAAGCCCUGUGAGUGUGGAGAGUAGAGGAGCUGUAGUGUUUGAGACCCAUGAAAUGGCCAUAGAGUUGGGCCUAAAGUGGUCAGUGGACGUGGAAGCUUCCCUGAAAAUUAUAAAACCUGGAAUUUUGCCCUGACUCUGCCACAUUAGUCGUGUGCUCUUGAAUAGAUCUACACACAAUCCUAGAGGUAGAUAUGAAGACAGUUGUAUAAUCACUGUGUGUUUCCUAUAAUAAACUUCAGCGAUUGGCUUUCUUGUCAUCAUGCUGGGCUCUCAAGACAAAGAUAACCAAGAGGCAGCCAAGUAGACAGUUAUGCAUGAGUACGUUACCUUAGGGGAGGACGGCAACAGCAUUGAAUAGCACCCACUUCAAAUUUGUGUUCAGUCCUCCUUGGACCAGGACCACCAAAAUAAAAUCCUAUCACAUUUCCUGUAAAUGUUGAAUGCCAUCAUGUUCUCCAUGUUGUUUCGGUUGAUGAAUGAACAGAGUAAGACUCAGUACAAAGGAAGGAGAGCACCCUCUAUGCCUAGGUACACACGAUAUGGAAUGUAUCCCUAGGGAAGGUGCUGGUGUGCUGGCUUCUGGGAAAGGUGUCAAGGGGAAGAGCGGGCAGAGGUACCUAGAAGGAAGAUCUCAGACAACAUGGCUUGUCUACAGAGUUGGAAAGUUCUGCCAGUAGCUAGAAGACAGUAAGUGGAACAGUGAAAAUCCUUCCCUAGGAGAAACCAAAUAUUUACAUUGACCACAAAUCUGUAUGAGCCAAUAGAAAAUGAGCAAAACAUGAUCAUACAUUUAAUAGAAGAAACCUGUAUGACCAAUAAACAUAUAGAGAUAUUUUACUGCAUUGAUGAUCAGGAUAAUAUGAAGCAAGACAUAGUGAUACAUAGCCUUAUAUCCACUUGAUUAGCAAAAUAUAAAAAGUUUAGAAAUAUAAAAUGUUAGCGAGGGUAUGGAUUCAUAGGAUUACUUAUAAAUUACUGAUGGGAGCAUAAGUACUAUAAACCAUUUGGAAACAGUUCAGCAUCAUCUCAUAGUUGAAGAUUUCUAUGUCCCAUGACUCAGCAAUUCCACUCCUAGAUUUACAUCAGGAGAGGCUCUUGCAUACAUGACUCAGCAAUUCCACUCCUAGAUUUACAUCAGGAGAAGCUCUUGCAUACACAUAUCAGAAGAUAUAAAUACAAAAGUGUUCUUAACAGCACCAAACAGUAGAAAAACAUGGCACCAAGCCACACAUGCACCGAGAAGAGUGAAUGAAUAAACUGUGGCAUAUUCAUAUGAGUCAAAAUGAAUGAACUAUAGUGAAGAGCAAGGUUAUAGGUGAAUCUUAGCAAUAUAAUAGCAAAUGCAAAAACUAAGUCUAAUGAGACUAUACAAAGCCUAAUGUGCUUUGCAUAAAGCUAAAAACAAAUAAGUCAAGGAAAUAAUUUUCAGGAAUAAAAUAUGUUAGGUCAACUUUUAUUGAAAGGAAAGCAAAGACCAGUCGUAUGCUAGAGCCUACCUUAUCAGCUCAUGGGAGCUGACUGUAUACAUUUUUCCCAACUCCAGUUUUAGUGACAUCAUUUUGUUAGCUUGAAACUGGCAAUAGUGAGGGUAUUUACACUAUAGAAAUCAGCAAACACAAUAAAUUACAGUUUUGCUUUAUUUUCCUCCAGAGAGUUAGUUGUCAACCCUUUACCAACACACUACUGGCAGGGAAUAAUAGUGACCCAAGUUCAGGAUUUUUAUAAGGCUGGGGCAUGGCAGGAGAUAGAAUGAGAGAGAACUACAUAGCUAUACAUUUAAAUAUUGUCAAGGUCUGUCUUGCAUAAUGUUGAGGAGGAGAUGUUUUACAAGUUCCUAUUAUAUUUUUACAUAAAUAAAUAAUUACUCAUUGAGAAGCAAUGCCUAUGUGUUAUCCUUAACCACAGGUUAAGAUAAAUAAAAUUGUAUGCAUAUAGAAUCAAAAAGAAGAGAUAAAUGAAUAGAUUAGAGUUCUUACAAGAAAAGGAUCAAGAGCAUUUUAUAGUCAAAACCAGGAGUGAAAUAGCAGUGGCUCAACUGCUACCAUCCUCAUACAGACAUCGGCUGCUGAAUUAAUCACGGCGGACAACCUGCUACCCAAUAGACCUGGACCCUUGUCAACCCCUUUGCAACAGACAGGAAGGGUUUAGACACUAAGGGUGAACGUGAAAACAUGGAGAUGACACCUGGCCCGUGACCAAGGUGGAACUGACUGGAAUAAGAUGGGAGCCAAGUCUGCAGUGCACACGCUGCUGUUUUUCAUCUCCGCUAUGACCAUGUGUUGCUGGUGGUUAAAUACCCUACCUGGGUUCAGUCACCUUAGACUGUGCCAUUGUCACUGAACUCACGGACCCAUUUCAGUUGUAGCCUUUUACUCUGUUAGUGUUUUCAGCCUGGAGAACAGAGCUAGUAAAAUACUUUAAAAAUAUUCCACUGCUCACUAAUGGCAUGGAAAAGACAAGAGCUUUUAAGGCUCUGGCAUGAAACACGGAGACAGUGGUUACAUUCCUAUUUCAUGCAGUCACUAUUUCCCUCUGCAUUAAGCUGAGGAGUGUAGUGUUUCAGUGACAUUUAGCAUGGAACAGUGCUGGGUUCAGACCUGCCUUUCCCAAACCAGCUAUCAAGGACACAGCCUACUGCCUACCUACAUUACCUUAGGAAAGAAGACAACAGCGUUGAACAGCAUUCAGUCCAAAUUUGUGUUCUGUCUUCCUUGGACAAGAACCAACAAAAUAAAAUCCUAUCACAUUUCCUGUAAAUUUUGAAUGCCAUACAUUUUUGAUGAGCAAUUAUUUUUGAAGUGUUGGACUUCCUGUUCUGAUUUAAUAUUCUACUCUCUGGGCUUUGUUGUAUUUGAAAUCAAGUUCACCUUUCAGAGGCAGUGAUGGGUGAGGUAAGAGACAGACUCUUACAUCCUCCUGCCCGAUACACACAUACACACACACACACACACACACACACACACGGAAGCACUGUGUUCCCCAGUAAUGGAGAAGCCAUGGGGAGAAUUUCAGAGGUUUCAAGGGAGCUAGGGUUUUCUAAUUCCUCUAUAUCCUUGGAUAUCCCCUUUCUUAAAGUCAAAAACAAUCUCUGGAGCUGGUUUCCAGGAGUCUGAACCCAUUUGCUACAGUACAUGUAUCAUCUCAGGUGUCCAAAGGUGAAUGUUUGACUAGCUACUUCACAACUUCAUACCACUGCUGCUGUUUUACCAUUCUGGAAUGUGGAAAGCAGCAUGACUCCUAUUAACUGACCAGUAGUCAAUUUCAACUACCCAUAAAUAUGUGAGAGUCUUUUAUCUGUAAUCUCCUAUCUGGUGCCAUUUUUGAAAAGCAGUUAAGACUCUUUUAUUCUAAAAAAUGAACUAUGUCUCACUUCUUGAAAGUAAUUAUUGAUGAAAUGCUCCAUGGAGAGUCUGAAGCCCCUGAUAUUGCAUAUUUAAUGGUUAUCUGCCUUUUAAUAAAAGGUAUGGGGAGAAAUUUUAAAUAUUAUUCCUAAAUACCUUACAUCAAGAUGAGCUAGAGUUAAUUAAGUGGGACGAGAGAUAAUGAGUUCAAGGGCAUUUAAGUAAGAUUAAAGAACCAGUGCAAAUGUUUUAAUCAGGAAAUAAAUUGGUGUGUUUAAUGACAGGAAAGAAGUCAGCAGCGUGGCAGCAGCAGGGGGAGGAGGUGGUUGAGUACAGAGCAAAAUUGAAGAAGGCAGGAAGGCAUCAGACCACUCACAACCCUACUGGUCAAGGUAAACGAUACAGAAUCCAACAUAAAGCUUAACAGGAGACAUUGAGGUUUUGAACCUUUGACUUCUGUAGUAAUCAGAUUCGUGGCUGUGUGUGUAUCUGUGUAUUUAAUCACCCUGGUCACAAAGUGAAGAAAUAAUGGACCGUGCAGGGAAGGCAAAAUGUUACCUCUACCCUCUUCGGGUUUUUCGGCUGGGCCUGAGAACGGAACAGAUUAACAGGAGAAAAGAGAACGGAACAGAUUAACAGGAGAAAAGCAAACACAUGUAUUUAAUGUAAGUUUUACAUUACAUGAAAGCCCCCACAAUUACAGGAAGACCUGAAUAUGCAGUUAGAGUUGAACACUCAUAUACUGAAUUGGGCAAAGAGUCAUACACUGUUAAAAGGUGAAAAAGUAAAGGGGCUUCGGCUAGGGUUGCUGGUGGAAUGGCAAAGUGACGAGGAAGGUGAGGGUUAGUUUAACAAGCUUUUUUGGUACAGAUUCCUUGUCCUCAACAUCAUCCCGUUCUAUCUUCGAUGUUACGAUGCUACAAUUCUUUCUUCCUGGUAUAGAUAAGACAUUUUUUUAUAUGGGAGGCUUAUUCCGUUUUUCAAGAAGAAAAGGAGAAGGGUCAGAAUACUCCUCUUAUACCUGCUAUUGUCUAAAGACAUUAAAGGCAUUAAAACACCUCUUGCUCAAAAUAAUCCUUAUGCCAAAGUGGCAUGUUUUGGGCAGAGGGUUGAGGGGCUUAUGCUGCCACCCUCCAGCAGUGUGGACAGAGUUGAUGUGGAGGGAAAAUGUUAGCUCAGACAAGCAGUAGUUUAGCUUGGAUAAUGAUGAUGGUGUUAGAAAUAUGGGGAAAAUGAGACAUUUAAAAGGAAGUAAAUCAAAAGACUUGGCAAUUGGUUAGACAUGAGCAGCAACAUGCAGCGGGUGGGGGGUGAUGAUUAAGAGACUGCUACAGACAGACAAAUAAGGAGGACCAAAUGGGAAGAAGAUCAAGAUUUACCUUGAGAUUGGGAGUGCCUUUGAGACAGUGAUCUAACCAGGAAUAUGCAGAGAGCAGUUGGAUGUACAAUCAUGGACUCAGAAAAUGGAUCUGGAUAAGAAGUAUACCUUUGGGACAUUUAGCCUCACUGGAAGAAUGAAAGUGCCUCCAACCCCUUGAUAUAGAGUUUACAAUGAAAAGAGCAGAGAACAUAGGAUAGAGAUUUAGGGAGCACACCUGCCUUGGGGGACUAUAAAAGGUUGAGGGAGGCAAAAUGCACUGAUAAACCACCAUGGGCAUUAACCACCAUCUUUAUUAUUAACUAGACUAAUGGCUGAGUCAUGGUGUCAGUAAUCACUAGUAACAAUGCUGUGGAGUAUGUGGCAGGUACCACACCAAGCGCUGCUUUUUUCUUAAUUCCACUUUAAUGCUUGGGAUGCCUCCUUGCUGCCUCGCUGCGGGGCGGGCCACUCCCGACUCAUGCAGGCUGAGGCAGACCUCAGCGGGCAUCGGAUGAAUUUGUUCCUUUGACCACUAGAGGGUGAUGUGGAUCUUUCUAUAAAAUAUCUGCCACUCAUCCAGUGUGGACUCGGAGCUUCACCAGAUAUUUCAGAUGAUAUGCUUAGGUGCUGAUUGACCGAAAAAAUUGCAGAUAUCCUGGGAGGCCAAUUGGUCUUUAAAAAUGGCAGGAUCUAAUCUUAACAUUUUGUAAAACCCUUAGCGUUUACCCAUAUCUGGCACCUGUAGUCAUGUGAUUUCUACAUAAUUGAUAAACACAUAAAUGAAUAAUGCCGUGGUUUCUAUUCAACAUUGUGCUGAAUUUGCAACCAGUGAAACAAGGGGAAAAAGUUGAAAAUGAGAAAGGAAAGAAAAAUAAGUAAGUAUUGGAGCAUGACAAGCUUAGUUAUAGAGAUUCAAAAGGGUCUAAAGAAGCAAUGCAUUAUCAAUAACAAAAUGUAGUAACUUUACUGAAUUUAACAUAAAUAUAAAACAUUAUUUUAUUUUCACAUACUAGAAGCAGU